CAGCCAACUCCCAGAACAGCCCUCCACACCCUGGCAACUCUCAAAAUGGUCCCCCCCAGGGAGAAACGUAGAGAUCAACCUCAAAAGCCUGUUUUUGUUGGGAGGACUGGAUUUCAUUAAUUUAUGAGAUAAGGUCCAGCCAACAAUGCCGGACGGACUUUCUAACAAGCUCUAUCUGCUUAAGCGAUACGUUUAUCUUUUCUUUAAAGAGAGAACGGACUAACAGGCAAGCACCCUUCUUUCUAUUAUUUUUUUUUACUUGGUUUAAAUUGUUACAGCAAAAGGAGAUUUGUCAGAUUGAUCGGCUUUGGACAACUUCUGGGUGAGAUAUAACUCUUUUCUGUUAUUCACGAAAUUAACAGCUUAUCUCUGUUUCUGUCGCAAAAAGCUGUCCUGGAAGUGCAUUCUAAAGAUAAUAAACAGAAGAGGGAUUUCUAUUCCUGAUUUCUACUCAGAGGAAUAUUAUAUUGUCUAGGACUAUUCUCUUUUUGGUCUAUUUUAUUUUGACGAAUCUGCUUCUUCACGACGCCACUAACUGUUUUGAUGCUGGGAACUAAAUUUGUUUUGCAUUCUUGAACAUAGAGAGAUAAGGCAGGUUGCUCUGUUUAUACUGUGAUGUCAUCAAGCCUGGAAUAUUAACCCAAUUGUUGCUGAAAUAAGAAGUGGUUCUUCUUUAUUUUUGUUUUGCUUUGUUUUCGUGGUUUUAAAAAUGGCAAUCAAGAAAGUGGCUGAGAAUCUGGAAGUAACUAUGUUUCAGAAAAUAAUGGAUGAGAUUGAGAUAACGAAACAAACCCUGCGACAGGGUAGUAAGGAGCUGAAAACUGAACUGAGCAAAAUGACGCAGGAGCUUAAAGAAAUAGGGGAUCCUGUGAGAGAGGAGAAUGAGAUCAGAGAUGAGAAAAGAAAAAAUAAAGGGAAGAUACAAGCCCUGGAGAUUGGAACAAAUGUGGAAUUGGAAAAAGAUCUGGAGUUUAUGGAUUUUAGAAAUAAAAUCUACUGUUUGGAAUUUAACGUUAUCUCUGAAGAAAUUAAUGAAGAUAUUAGAGAUAAAGUUAUCAAUGGCUUGGAUAAUCUUCUGGACUGGAAUGAUGUGAUGGAGCUUGAUAUAGAGAAAAUCUAUGGAAUUAACUGCAGCCAUGUGACAAUGGAAAAACUCUUAAGAGAUGAGCCAGUGCAUUUUGUAAAAAAGAAGAACACAGAUAUGACUUUACAACAGUAUUUCAGCAACUUAUUCAGAAUGGAUGGCAAGAAAAUAUUUGGGAUAGAGGAAAUUCCCAUCAGACUCUUAUUAUAUGACUAUGGUUACAACAGCAAGAUUAUUAUGGAAUACUGAUAAUGGAAGAUUGGACACUGAAAUUACUGGACUUAACAGGACUAUUGAAGAUGGAACUAAUAGGGAUAAUGGAAUAAUGGCUAUUGAAAUUAUUGGACCUAACAGAUUCUGAUGAGAUGGAUUAAUCGAAAUGUUUAUU